AAACUACUAUAUACAUAUUUGUUUUGUUUCUUUGUUACAGAUAAUCAUGACCAGCAUUCAAAUUCCUCAUCACAUUCUAUACAUACAUCUUUGCAACCUCAAACGCAGACAUUGACGUCGUCAGUUGUCGGUUUACCGGCAAACAACAACGUUGCUACCUCCAUUGUGUCAUCAGCUUCAACUCCCUCAAAUAGUUCGAAUAUAUUAUCCGCACCCGCCGUUGCAGUUGCUGCAGCGGCAGCUACUGCUGUAAAAAAAACUGACUCAGUUCAGCAGCAGCAAGUCGCAGAAGCUUUAAAACUACAGCUAGUGAAGCAUCAAAGUCAGCAACAAACUCAGCAGACGGAUGAUGACGAACGAAGUGGUGCAGAACAGGCUGAAGGGCCUGAUGAUCAUGAUUCGGACAACGACUCGGACGAUUCGCAACGUCCUGUGCAGGGAACAACUGGUUUGACUGAAAGUCAAGAUACUAAAGCAAUCAACCAAUCCGAACUAAUGAUUGAACCAAAAAAUGAGUACGAUGAUGGUCAAGAUGAGAAUGUUGAAGAUUUAACUCUAGAUGAGGAAGAGUUGCUGGAUGAUUUAGAUCAAGCAGGACCCAGUCAUGGUGGUGAAGGCUCUAGUCAAAGUUACGCCCAGUGGCAGAUGGAUCGUGAGCAGAACGAAGCAUUUAUGACUGCUCAGGACGGCGGACAACACCGAGAUGCGCAAGGUAAGCCAAUUUUCAUUUUGACUGAUACGAUGCACAAAACAUUCGAGGUUUGAAUAUCUUAAAAUGAAUCUCCGGCUUAAUACAAAGAGGAUAUCUAUAACUUUUCAUUAUCAUGUGUUAAAUGAAUGUUCAAUAGUAUGCUCCAAUUAUACAACCUCGAUAGUUUUUUGGAUCGUACGUCUUCAAUGUGUUUAAUAGUUUUUUUUUUGUUGGAAUCAGUGAGAAAAAAUAAUCAAUUAAAUCAUACGUCGUUAAAACAGUAUAAUAUGAAUGAGUUGAUACAUAUAUGAAAAUGGAAAUUCGUAAUUCUGUUGAUAUGAAGCUAAUUAGACGCCUAGUCUAAAAAGAAAGUAAUGUGACAUUCCCUAAUAUAGUAAUCUUCAACGCAAAAAGUUUGAACGGGACUCGUUGCAACUAAUUAUUAUUUGUCUUUAUUAAAGAGAUUUUCAGCCGGGGGCUGGUUCAUCUCUGUAUCGAGAGAGGUCAUUACUCGUCAAACUUGUAAUAUUCGUAAAAUGGUACAGUGACCCCACACCGUUGAAUCACCCACAGUUCAUGAAUCAGCUGAUCACCACAAGGUAACUUGUUAUAUAUAUAUAUAUAUAUAUAUAUAUAUAUAUAUAUAUAUAUAUAUAUAUAUAUAUAUAUAUAUAUAUAUAUAUAUAUAUAUAUAUAUAUAUAUAUAUAUACAGCGCCGAAUUUGAUUUUUCUUCCAAAAUCAACGAAAAUUGUCGGUAUGAUUUGGGAAAAUCAAGUUGCAACUAACUCUAAUAUGUUUAAUCAGCGUGUUUAUGAAGGAAAAGUGCUGGAGUGUGCUUCACCUAAAACAUUGAGCAAAACGCCUGAUUCAUAAGAUGUGGGAAAAACGUGGGUAUGGCACAAAUUAUGAAUCAGGUGAAAAAUCGGCUGAAUUUUUUCAAUUUUAGAAUAUUUUUCACCAGUUUUUUAUUUUUUGUAAGAAAUGCUCUUUGAAAGCUUCAGGCGCUUGUCAAUUAAAUAUGUAAAUACCAUGUUGGAGUUUUUCUUCAAAGUAGAUCAUCUCCUCUAAGGUGAAUCGACUCAGAUUUUUUGAUUAUUUUUUACUCAUGUGUUCUGUUCUACGAUGGUGGUUCUACUGCCCUAAAGACGUAUAGUGUCAUGAGUUUCACGAAAUUUGCAAAAAAAAACCGUUGAUUCAUAAAUAGUGUCUCAACUGAUUCAUAUUUGUGAAGAAGUAUUCUGCUGAUUCAUAAAUUGUGGUUUCCGAAAUUCUACUAGAAAGUCAAAAUUUUCACAUUUUUCAUUACACUGCAGUUUUUUUACGCGGUACCGCGUUAUUUCAAAACCCGUCGUAAAAAAACGAGUUUUUUUCAAAAACAUGCGCAAAAUAGUCAGGAUUACAUAUAACGCGACUUGCCGUUUUUUGGAAUAACGCGGUUUUUUUUUACGACGGUUUUUGAAAUAACGCGGUUUUUUACGACGUUUUUUUUUAAUAACGCGGAUUUUUUUUACGCGGUACCAUUACCGUCGUAAAAAAACUUCAGUGUAUAUUUAACGAGCAAAGUGUUCGUGAAUUAGAAGUAUAGACACAACCAUAAUUUUUGAUUUUGACCUCAUUCAAAUAUAUGGUUGAUUUUCUCACUUAUUCAUUUUUUUAUGUUGCAAAAACCCUUUGAUGAUUCAUACGUGUGGGGUCACUGUAUAAUUAUCUUGAAACGAAAUCCUCACUCCAUGAAGAAACUUAUUGUUUUCUGCAUUGGAAUAAUUUUCUGGACAACUUGUAGCAUGGUACGAGUACAACUAGUCAAUAUGUAGGCUGAGUGUAUCAGUUAUCGCCCUAUUUGGCCAUAGUUGUUAUCAGCUGUCGGACGCAUAAAUGUCACAUGUUACAUUUCGACAUUUUUGAGAUUUUUAAGUCAAACGUCGUAUAUGUUGAAACGCAUUUUUGAAAUAUUUUGACAACAUAUAAAUUUAUAUACAGUCAACUUUCGUUCGUUGCACUAAGCCCUUAGCCCAGUGAGUGAAAUACGUUUACUAGGUGGGCUGAAUUUUCAGCUGUCAAAUAAUUUAUAACGAUAGAGAUUCAGGGCUCAAAAACGUUAAAAUGUGACGUUUGAUUUCGUUUUAACCUUACGGGCCUCCAGUUAAAACAAUGCCCACCCAAACGUAGCGCAACGAACGAAGGUUGGCUGUAUAUUUCCAUAGUUGAAUUGCGUUGCAAAUAUAUCUAAUUUUUCUAAUUUUUGUUUUGAAACAAUCAUAAAUUGUUUUAAUGAACUUUGUUUAAUAUAUAAAAAUAUGUUUUUUGAUGUCACAAAGACUGUUUUGGGUUUAGUUUGAAUUUCUUUGCGUUUACAUAUUAGAAGACACAAGGUGUUGGUACGGCACAGUAGAGCUGCCUCCACCAUUUUCGUCAGAAUUGUUGAGGUGUUUUUUUCAUGAGCGGAGCCACGUGAAAUGUCGUGGUGUAACUCUGUAUUACAAUUUUUUAUUAAUAAAUUUUCAUAUAUAUAUGUUGAUUGUUUUUUCUCAUUGAUGUGUAGUUCUUUCACCAUUAAUCCCUUACUUACUAGUAUAAUUUCAGUACUCAUUGGUGUUUGUUUAGCAUUUUUUGGUUUAUAUUUUGUUCCGUAUUAAAUUUUUCAUUACCUUUUGAUGGGCUCCGUGGUGUUAAAUAGGCGAAAUAUGCACACACGAUCAAAAUUUGCAUCUUGUGCUUGUAGGUUUGAAAUGGCUUUAAAAUAAUGCUUAUACUGAUCUAGCUAACUUUACGAUACUAGAUUGGAUCGUGUGUGUACCAGUACAUAGAUAAAUUCGUCAUAAUAAAAUAUUGUGUGAAGUUGAACGCAUAACUUACAGUUGAAAUAACUUAAAACUGUGCAUACAUCAAUCUAAAUUGAUAUCCACAGGGGUAUAAGAGAAAACAAAAAUAUUACUUUGAUUAUAAAUAUGGUUGACGUUUGUAGUGCAAUUCAUUGAUUGUAUAUUUUGAAAACUAUAACAGUAUUGUAGUAUUUAUUUUGCAUGUUACUUCAAUAUAAUUUCACUCACUUUAUUAUCAAACAAAAUGGCAUAAAACAUAUAAUUAUUCGUAUAGUUUACAUAUUUUAUAAUAAUAGUAAUUCUGUAUCAAUUUAGUCUCCUGUGAAAAUGAUGUAUAUCCGCUACUUGUUUCGUGUCUUUCAAUUGAUUCUUAAUCUAGUUCAAGUGCCUGUAUAACAAGUAUAAUGGAUAAACAACUGAAAUUAAAACGAAGAUAUCAGUAUCGUAUGAUGUAACUGUAAACUUUAAGUAAUUUACAGUGAGGUAUAAUUCAGAAUGACUGGUAAAUAGUGUUACAACACAAAGGAGGUGAAAGUAAGCACCAUUUGCAGCUAAAAAUUGUAUGACCCGGUAGAUCAAUCAUCAGUGACCGAGUUAUUGAGUAAUUCAUAUUAUACAUUGCCUUCACUCUGGUACACCCGAUUCUUUUUUUUUUUUUUGUUCGGGUCUUUUUUUUAUAUAACUUUGAACCUGUUGACUUGAUUUCUCAUAUACGGAUUGUCUCCCUGUGUACACAUUUUUAUGUGAAUCGGUUCAAAAUUGACUGAGUUAUAGCAAAAGAACAACCCGUGUAAAAAAAAGGAAUCGUAUGUACUGGUAAAUACCACCCCCACAUGCACCAGAUAGUACAUGAUGCUUGGUAAGGAUAUUUCGUUGCUUACUUUUGGCGCUGAAGACACUAGGGGUAGGCGGGGCAUAAUGAGCAGCUUAAGCAUUUUGCCACCAAAUCCAGUAAAUUAAGUGCAACCAAAGUGUAAUUUUAACGUUCAAUCCUCAUUUGAACCUUAACUGACAAAAGUCAAUCGUUGAAAUUUCGAAUAAAGUUAUAAAUGUUGUAGAACUUUAUGUUUUAAAAAACGUAUAAAAUCGCGAGUUGCGUUUUGGGGGUGGGGCAUAAUGAGCACCCUAGGUGGGGCAGGAUGAUCAAUAUCAGUUUUGUACACAAUCAAAUGCUAAUUGGCUGUUCUUGUCAAUGAUAAAGCAUACCGGCAACAAUCAAUAAGAAUUUGAAGGGGUUACGGGGUUGAUUUUGUAGGAAACUGUGGGGUUCCAAUGAGUCUUCUAUUGAGGAAUUUUUAAACGGUGAUAAUAUACAGAUACUGAAAUUUUAAAGCUAAUAAAUUGAAAGUUACAGACAAAACCUUACUAUAUGCAUCAAAACAGAGAAACCCAAAAUUAAAAUUUGUUUGUUGAAGAUGUUUACCAUUUUCAUUAUUUUUUCACUAGUUGCUCAUUCUGCCCCACCCUACUACCAACUCUUUGAAGCAUAUUUUUUCAACAAAAUAAUUAUACAAAUAGCUGAAAAGUGUUACAAAUAAAUUUCAUUGGCCUAGGGAAUAUCAAGAAAAUUGAUAGAUGCUCACUAAGUUGUGAUUUCGAUACCCAAAACCUUAUUUUAGGUCACCUGGUUCUUAUAGUACAUGACCACUUUACGCAUUUUGUUUAUUUUUUCAAGGUAAACGGAUUUUUUGACUAAUGUUCUGUCAUCAACUCAUUGGAUUUUAGAUAAUAAGGCUACAAUCAAGCAAUUUGUUUUGUUAAUUUGAAGAUUUACAGUGAAAAUACAAGGUGCUCAUUAUGCCCCCCACCUACCCCUAUAUUUGCAAAUUCAUUCUAUUCAAAUACAAAGUGAUAACGGUACCGAUUGAUUCCGUUAUGUUUAUUACAUGCGUGAUCAAUUGUAACAAAAGUACAACAAUAAAAAAUAAAACAAACAGUACUUUAGCCUUACAGUCGCUAUAGACUGUAUUGUCUUGUGAAUAGAAAAUCCUAACAACUGACAACAGCCGUAUACUGGCAACACCAGAAAAAGUUCAAGCUUUCGACAGACUUUGUGUUGGAGAACAUAAUUUUUUUUAUCUUUACGAAUACAUUAGUUCCCUCGUAUUCAAGGUCUCUCGAAACGUCAAGUUUAAUUGGCUCCGAAAGUUCUAUCCGUCAGAGUAUAUAUAGGGUUUGGGUGCUAGUAGUGGACCCCCUAAGCCAUCGAAAUUUACUUUUGCGACUUUUUAGCAAUGUUCCCUCAAUGGAUUGUCGCAAAGUAAAAUUUUACAACAAUUUUCGUGUAUCCUCUAACACCUUCAAACAUACAACAUUAAUUAAUUAACCCAGUGAAAAACACAUUUGAAAGUAUGCAUCAAGGUUGCCUACUGCCCAUAAUCACAUAGUUGACGUAAGCGUCACUGUAGUUUUCAACACACUUUUGAAAUUUUAACAAUGUUAAAGAAAAGUUUAUGAUUUUUUCACGUUGAUAUCUAGCUAGUGAUUAGAUCUUGUGCUCUAUUGAAUAAAACUGGUCACAAUUAUGCACAUUUGAUAGAUAUUAGCUUGUGAAUGCUGGCAUUGUCAUGUUAUCUGCCUAGGCGUCGACGGUGCCUAUAGUGGACCCCCUCCUGAGUGUGCGUAUCGUGGACCCUUUUGAAAUAAACGAUAUUUGUUGCCACUGGGCAAUUUGUGCCAGGAACUGCUGUGUAGCAAGGAUGUUUUUGAUCACCUGGCAAUCAUUUGACUCAUUUAGUUCAGAAGCUUAAUAAUGAAAUGAGGUGUGCGGUAAACUUGUAGAUAAGUGUUGUUCCUAUAAUUAUCACCGUACCAUAUCUUAACUCUCACAUAUACGGCGUGAGAGUAACACCUACUCAUACUAAACGAUCGAAAAAAUCGAUCGUUUAGUAUGAGUAGGUGAUACUAACACCUUUACGCCGUAAAUGUAAGAGUUAGAAUAUGGCGUCCUUGGUGAUAAUUGUAGGAAAAACAAUAAUCUACAAGUUUGUCGAACAUCACGUUUAGGCUUCUGUACUAAGAUAUAGACAAAUGAGUCAAAUGAUUGCCAGAUGAUCGAAAACAUCCUUGCUGUGUAGCAAUGUAAUUGAUGUUUUUACUGUGGAGGUCCACUAUAGGCGCAGGGUUCAUUACUAAUACCCAACCCCUAGCCUUUGCUUUGAGUACACUGAGAAAACUAAUUUUAAAAAGGAGAGGUGAGGCGCAUUGAAUCCGUACCAAAUAAUUUGUUCAAUAACUCAGUUAAUAUUCAUUUUCCAACAUGACCUUGUUGUACAUUUUUUUUUGCAAAUAUGGUCUAGUUUCAUUGCCUUCCGCAGUACCAGUCACCCUGUAUAAUAAUCAACUGUAAUUAAAACGGGGAAAGCAUCGGAUGAAUGUAACUGUAAAUUUUAAAUAAUUUGCAGUGAGGUAUAAUUCAGUCAUUUACUUGUACGACACGGAGUGUAAUCGCGCGGUUUAAUGAAGUGAUAUGUGUUGAUUUUGUGCGGUGUUGUAUAAUUUAUACACACAACAAUGGGCAUGGUAAGUAUAUUCUUCCGUAAAUGUAUCGUUGCGGAAGAUUUAAUUAUUGUUAUUUGUUCAUAUUUUAUUAACUCUUCAACACAACGGCGGUUCGAUUUAUAAACUGGACAGCUUGUGUGUACGAUAUAUUGUUUGUUUAGUUUUUUAGCUCUGAUAUUAAAUGCAAACUAACAGGAUAUCGCAUUUAAUAAAAUUACAUUUACUUUUACAAUUUAUCAAUGCGAUCAUUAGUGAUCAUAAUGUUCAAUAAGCAUUCAAACUACAAUGAAAAUGUUUAUAAAAAUGUUUCUAUUUAUGUAAUUGAAACAUUAUUGUUUUGUUUGAUUCUUAAAACAAUGUACCGUGCGGUACCCACAUUCUGAACGGUUAAGGGAAUCUCACAACAAAUCCUAAAAUAAAUGGAAGUUCUUGUUGCUAGAGAUAAUGCUUCACACUACCAUCAAUUGUGUUUUUUUGUCUAGCUAAAUGUAUAAAAUAAAUUAAAUCUCAUAAUAACUUCCAGUCUCUGAUCUAGACAUAUAUUUGUUUUUGAACGACAUGUUCCUAAUUAUGGACACCAUAAGAAGCCGUGGUCCUAAUUCUGAACACAUAGUGUUACUUACUAUGUACAAACACAUUCUCUACAUUCGCAGUUAAGCCAAAAACAAUAUGUUUUGUAACGCUUGGAUAAUAGAGGGGCUUAAUAAAAUUAACACCUCAACUCUCGAUUCAAUAUAUGCUUCAUAAAAGGAAAAUCUAUUUUGCGUUAGCCGACUGUUCAGAAUAUGGAGCUGUCUAUAAUAUGGUGCUCGCACGGUAAUGCUCAAAAUUCUCAUAACUUAUAUGAAUUUUACAUUCAGCUAUUCACGACAUUUUUAAAAUCGUUGAGCCAAUUAAUAAUGUGACUUAGGCCGUUCGCAAUGCUGUUUUAUUUUGUAUGGCGAGUUUUGUCGGCCAAAUUGCCUGAAACUUGGCUAUACAUUUAAAGCUUUUUUACGCGGUUUGUUACGUGGUCCGCGUAAAAAAACGAGUUCUUCCAAAAAAAAAAAAACGUCGUAAAAGUACCGCGUUUUUUUUUUUUU